AUGCCCAUCCUCACCGGCCGAAGAACAGCACGACCGUCCUUCACGGAACGCUCGCCAACGUUUCCCUCCUACUACAGCACUCGCAAGAAACCUCGCCGGUGGCCGCUGGUGAUCCGGUUCAUCAAGGGUGCCAUCCACGUCGACAUCGCGCUGCCGGUCAUCCUGCACGCCCUCUUCGCCGCGCUCAUCUGCUACUUCGACUUCUCCCACGACGGACACCUAGCCAUCCCCUCGUCGACCCUCCCCUCGCUCUCCAUCGUCGUGGGCCUCAUGCUCGUCUUCCGCAACUCGACCUCCUACGACCGUUUCUGGCAAGGCAACCAGCUCUUCACCACCGUCGAGACCAACAUCCGCAACCUGACCCGCUCCUUCCUCGCCUGCUCCUACAACCCCCACGGCCCACCACCCACCGAAGCCGAGCGCGCAGACACCGAACGCACAGUUAGGACCUUGCUCGCCCUGAUCUACGCCGCCAAAAACCACCUCCGCGCCGAAUGGGGCCAGUCAAUCCCCAUCCUCCUCCCGCGCGCCGAACUCGAACGCCAACGCCGCGAGAGCGUCUCCGUCUACAAGCCCGAAUACGACGACCUCCUCCCGCGCGGCACGCGAGGCCACGAAGACCAAGGUCUCGGCCUCCUCCUGCAACUCUCCGUGCAGGUCGAAGGCUACAUCAAACGCUCGCACGACCGCGGCUGGUUCCACGCCCCGCAAGCCUCGCAACUCACCGUCCAGCUCAACACCCUCGUCGCCGCCUACGGCAGCAUGGAGACCAUCCACCUGACGCCCCUCCCCGUCGCCUACCUCAUCCACAUGCGCCAAGUCCUCGCGAUCUUCUGCUGCGUCCUGCCCUUCGCCCUCGUCUCUGAAAUGGGCUGGUGGUGCAUCCUCAUGACCGCCUUCGUGUCCUUCACGCUCUACGGCAUCGAAGCCAUCGGCGCCCAGCUCGAAGACCCCUUCGGUUACGAUCGGAAUGAUAUCAAAGUCGAUGCCAUCGCGGAGGAUUUGAGGGUGGAGACGACGGUGCUUAUUGAGAAUUGGCGGAAGGGAGGCGAUAUGUUCCCUCAGACGCAGGGCCAGAGUCCGCAGAGGGGGAGAGGGAAUACGGGUCCGGGGGCUUUUGAUGAGAGGAGUCCGAUGGCGAGGUAG